AUGGCACAUUCGCGGCACAAAGUUCGGAGCAGAUCCAGUCGUGUUGAUAGGAGCAAGCAGCCGACAACAUGCGGGCAUGGCUUUCCUCAUAGAGUCACCAGGACAACAGAAUUGCGUCUAUCUGAUAACCAAUAUCGGAUUCAUCACCGGUUCGACCACAUGAAGAUGGCGUCGUGUGAUGCGUCACAAUAUAUGCACAAGGCCAUCCCUUCCUCGGCAAAACCACCGGCUAGCCAUCCCACAUAUUCAAUGGCUAACGAUCCUGUCCAUCCCGUGGCGUACCUUACGAUGAACAUGGAGGUACUGAAAGCAUCUUCUGCCUUUUCACAGCGAGUUGGGGCCCGGGCCAUGGAGGGACGAAAAUUAACCGAUUUUAUCCUGGAAACUGAGGCAAAUAAAAGCAAUGCAAUUCGAGAGUACUUCGCGAACGAACUACGGAGAAGGAAGCCAAGUUAUCUACCUGCUGGAUUCAGUGCCAACAUCCAGGAUAAGCAAGAUACCAGACUUAGCCUGGACAAUUUCGGCCAACUUGUCCAAUACUUCGAAGAAUCUCUGACUUUUGUUGGCCUAUACGGAUGUCAUAGAGUACUGGGGCUACAUGCCGUAUUAGCUACAGCGGGUUCUUACUAUUUUAUCAUUGUCUCCCUUGCGUUACCAUCUAGACACGCAUUAGUAUGGCUACCUCCGCAUUUGCGAAGUCCACUGAUAUUAUUGGAGAAUCAGCGACCCGAUUCAAACAUAGAGCCAAACGAGCUCAUGGCACUGGAGGGGCAUAUGCAUUGCCAUGGCGGAUAUUCCAGCAGUGUUGGUGAACCCAGGACGUCAUCGUUUCUGUCUGGCAGUCCUGGUGUGUCUAACUCUGGGCAAAACAAGAUUUCUGGGGAGAUGUCAACGAAUACACAUCGCAAUCAACGACGACCUUGGGAAGGACUGGAAGGAGAGUUCCCGAAAAGCCCGCAACUAAGUCUUCUUGGCCGACCGCACCCAAUGCCUUGGAUAGAAGAACGGGGCACGUCAUUGUCCAGACAGUCUAACCAAAUGGAUAUCACAUAUUUAAUAGCAUGA